UGUGAGCGAGCUAGCAAGCAGAAGCGCCUAAGCCGAAAAAAGUUAUCUGUUUGCCUUAGAAUUUAAUAUUGUUAUCAAUAAAAAAUUGCACAUUUCGCGAGCCGUGGCAUUUUAUCUUGCACACGCAUACACGCAUCGUUACAAACUCGCAAAUCGUGUGAAAUCUGCACAGACAGAAACAACAGUUUGUGCGCAGCAAACAAGUGUUCACUUUAGUACUCAGCAAUCAUUGUUGCACGGCAACAGCAACGCAACAGCAACAACAGAUAUCAAUUGCUGCUGUAAAACGGAAGUUGUUGUCGUAGUCAGAGAGUCGCGGCAGAGGCGGCAGGGAUAGCAGAGCUGCAGUAAUUUUAUUUAUCGUCCCCUCAAAAAGCAACAAUUUGACGACAACCAAAACGAAACGCACGCUCGCACCUUUACUACCUGAGUGGAGAAAUUCAGAGAGAGCGAGAGCGCGAGGGAGAGAGACCACAAACAGACGACGCACACAUAUACAUAUAUAGUUGUUUGUUGGCACAAAGGUUAUCAUCAAUAACAAAGAACAGUACACGAGCAACAACAGCAACAACAACAACAAAAGCUUUCUGCAAGAACUGCAACUGCAACCCAAAAGCAAUCGCCGAACAACGCCUAAAACUAGUGAUUUUUUUGUUGUGUUUAAGCACAAAAGAGAGACUAAUCGAGUGAGAGAGAGCAAAAGAGAACGCGGUCGCGUUUUAAAUAAACAUUUGCACAACAACAGCAACAAUAAUAACAACAACAACAACUGAACCACCUCGUUAACCGCCUACGUUAGUAACUACCUGCGUCUGUUUUUAAAAUAUACCAACAACACACUCACACACAACUAUAAAUUGUCGGACACAAAAUGCGUGAAUACAAAAUUGUUGUUUUGGGCAGCGGAGGAGUUGGCAAAUCGGCAUUAACUGUGCAGUUUGUGCAGUGCAUUUUUGUGGAAAAAUACGAUCCCACCAUCGAGGACAGUUACCGCAAACAGGUGGAGGUGGAUGGCCAGCAAUGUAUGUUGGAAAUCUUGGAUACUGCCGGCACGGAACAGUUUACAGCGAUGCGGGAUCUCUAUAUGAAGAAUGGACAGGGAUUUGUGCUUGUCUAUUCGAUAACGGCGCAGUCGACGUUCAACGAUCUGCAGGAUCUGCGAGAGCAAAUAUUGCGGGUGAAGGAUACGGAUGAUGUGCCCAUGGUGCUGGUUGGCAACAAAUGCGAUCUGGAGGAGGAGCGCGUCGUUGGCAAGGAUUUGGGCAAGAGCUUGGCCACUCAAUUCAAUUGCGCCUUCAUGGAGACCUCAGCCAAAGCCAAAGUGAAUGUUAAUGAUAUUUUCUACGAUUUGGUUAGGCAGAUCAAUAAGAAGUCACCCGAGAAGAAACAAAAGAAACCGAAAAAGUCCCUAUGUGUUCUGCUAUAAGACUUCCAAAACAAAAAACAAAACAAAAAGAAAAGAAAACAAAAAAUGAGUAAAGUAACAAGUAAAAAGUAAAAUGUAACAAGCAUACACAGCCCAGAAAGGAAGAUUUAAGAUUGUCAAAAUUGCAAUAACCAACAGAACAAUAUACAAAACAAAAAACUAAAAGAAAAAGAUAAAUAUUUAACUGACAAUGUUUUUAACUGUGCAAAGUUUUUGUAAUUAUUACUACAUACUAUUACUACUACUACUACUAUUAUUACUAUGCUAUUUUUGCUGAUUAACAAUUAAUUAUUAUAAACAAAAACAAUUAUAUUUGUCGUUCGUUUUUGAGCCGUUUUUUAAAAUUAUGCAAUAUACGCAACAAAUGAUGGAAACAUUCGUAAACUAAAAACAUUCGUAUUUAUUUUAUUUUUUCAAAUUCUUUUCGAUUAUACAAACAUACAUAUUAAACAUACAUACAAUAAUUAUACGAAAAUACAAAAAUUUAUCUACAUACAUAUUACAUAAAUUCAUAGAAGAUCCAUAAAUACACGAAAUAUAAUAAUAUAAAAAAAUGUCGUUGCUCUUCAAAACAAUAAGCAAAUGAGAGAUGAUUAAUAAAAUCAAAUUAAGCUAAACGUAAAUCUAAAUUCAAUUGUAUGCCUAAAAAUCACUUAAUGAAAACUUGAAAGAAACAAAGAAAAAAAUCACAUAUUUUAUAAAAAUAUUGUAUGCAAAUGAGAUGUCAAAAUGUUGCAAACAACCAGAAAAUCCAUUUUUAGUAAUUAGUUUAAAACAAAUUUACAAAUAAUUGUUUAAAAAUGAUCAAUUUCUGUGUAAGUAAAAGUAACAAAACAAAAAAAAAAUUUAACAAAACAACAAAUUGCACACAUCAACCAUACAUGCAUACACCCACACCCACACAUACAUACACAUGCACACUGACACUCCGGCAUGCUCAGAGAGCAUGCAACAUUUAUAAUUAAACAAUAACCAAUACACAAA